AUGCAGGAAUCUUCAGCGUACUAUAACCUCGGCUCGCAUCGGCGUGCCGUGACCACAUCCUCUCCAGAAGCUCAGCUCUGGUUUAACCGCGGAUUUCUCUGGGCCUAUUCUUUCAACCAUGAUGAGGCGGCGCGGUGCUUCGAGCGGGCCACUGAGCACGAUCCAAAUUGUGCCAUGGCAUUCUGGGGGAUCGCCUAUGCCGUCGGCCCGAACUAUAACAAGGCGUGGCACUUCUUUGACAUGGCAGACCGUCAGCAUACGGUGAAAAAAGCGAACGAAGCGUUGACACGGGCCACUGAGCUGGCGGACAACGCCACCCCCGUGGAAAGGGAUUUGAUCAAAGCACUCACUGCCCGAUUCCCACCCUCAGACAAUAUCCCGUCCGACAUGGGACCGUUGAACCAUGCCUAUGCAGACGCGAUGCGACCUGUAUACCACGCCUACAGCAAUGACGUGGAUGUGGCCGCGUUAUUUGGUGAUGCACUCAUGUGCAUUAGCCCUCGGGGGCUAUGGGAUUUGGAUACUGGCAAGCCCACCGGCGACCACACAGUGGAGGCUCAGAAAGUGAUCGAAUCAGCAAUGGCACGGGACGACGAAGGUCGGGAUCAUCCGGCCCAUUGCCAUCUCUAUAUUCAUUUGAUGGAAAUGUCACCAAUGCCGGAGCGAGCAUUACCGGCCUCCGACCGAUUACGUCGCCUGGUGCCAGAUGCUGCGCAUAUGUUACACAUGCCCACGCAUAUCGAUAUGGCGGUUGGUGACUAUCGCCGUGCGGUCGACUCCAACGAGGAAGCCAUAAUCGCCGAUGAUAAGUAUUUCAACCGCGACCGUGGAUCAGCCCUGUACGUAGCGUAUCGGGUGCAUAACAUUUGCGCCAAGUUGUAUGCGGCCUUCAUAUCAGGUCGGUUCCAAGAAUCGCUCUCGGCUGCGAAGAAGCUCGAACAGAUUAUUGAUAUCAACGUGUUGACCAGCACCAGUCCCCCGAUGGCGGACUGGACUGAGAGCUUUCUAGGAAACCUGGCCCAUGUGUAUGUGCGCUUUGGUCGUUGGGAGGAUAUCCUAAACCUCGAGCUUCCCGCUGACAGCGCCGUGUACUGCGCAACAACGGCCAAUAUACUUUACGCGCGCGGUGUCGCCUUCAGCGCCCUCGGUCGCAUCGCAGAAGCAGAGGCUGCCCAGAAACAGUUUGAGGCGGCCCGCGCGACUGUCCCUCCUUCCCGUCUGAACAGCAUCCCGGUUAAAGAGGUCGACGUUCUCAAGGUCGGCUCAGAAAUGCUUAGCGGCGAGCUGGAAUAUCGCAGGGGUAACUACGAGGUCGCGUUUGCCCACCUUCGGAAAGCGAUUGAGCUGGAAGAUGCUCUCCCUUACUCGGACCCGCCGCCAUGGAUGCAGCCUGUGCGGCAUGCCUUGGGUGGGCUGCUGCUGGAACAAAACCGUAUCGAAGAAGCAGAGCAGGUAUUCCGAGAGGACCUUGGGCUUGCGAAAGAUUUCCCUCGUCGCAAGGCCCGAAUGAAUAAUGUCUGGGGCUUACAUGGGCUCCAUGAGUGUCUGUUGCGCUUGGGCAAGCUCGAAGAAGCUCUCAGCAUUCAGGUCCAGCGCGAUAUCGCCGUCGGUUCCGCCGACGUUCCGAUUACCACCUCAUGCUUCUGUCGUGUAUCGGCAGUCGGAAAAGGGGAGACAUGCUGUUCUUCUCAUAUUUGA